AAGCCACCGAAUAUUCCGUCCUUGGACCGGCUGAGGUGAAGCGGAAGAAGAAUUCCCCGACCCAGAUUGGUCUCUCGAGCCUCUUGAGGUCGACAGAUGAUGGGCUCAGGGUCGGUCCAGGCUCGGUACCUUGGCAGAUCUUCACCAACUUCCUAUUAUGUCGAUAUGCACAGACAAUUCGACAGAAUGUCUUCUUCGAGCUCUUGUUUCUGAAGUCAAUGCUACUCGGGCCUUGUUGCAAGAUGUUCUUGACUCUACGUCUGACUUCAACUGGGAUCCCCUGAACUUUGCAUUUACUGCUGCCAUUGGCGCCUUGGCCUUGAUUAUUGCUUGCAUCACCGUCUUUCAAAGUCUUCUUGCGGCUGGUCCUGGACGGAUCAAGGCAAGUAAACUUGCCAUCGGCCCGUAUGCAAAGAGCUCAAAAUCUCGUUUUGACUACACUGAGCUUUCGCUACGCACCGUGGUUUACGUCCCUUCGAUCAAUCACUUCAACAAGAUCUAUCAUGUGGAUAAAGACUUCCCCGACCACGCUUGCUGCAGCAAGUUUGACCCAUCUGCGGGCAAGAGUGAAUCCUCGGCGUCAUGGCUCAGGCUCCUUGUCGAUUUGGGUCUCUCAGAUCCACGCCUAUGGACAGUAGUUGCCCGCCAAACUGACAUUCUCCCCGCAGACAUAUCAGCAGCGCCUGCUGCAGGUUCUGUUCGCUUUCUCGCCCAUUUGGCCGCCAUCGCGGACGACAGUUGCACCAUCGAGCAGCAUCCCAAAGGUCGUUUCGUCACAGUCAUCGGGCAAGCAUCGCAGCUCACCUUCCGUGACCAUCCCGUGUUAGGAUCGGUAGCCAUGUACGAGACCUAUCGGGAAAGCCCGAGCUAUUCCCGACAUCAAGCCAAGAAGAUAAUGGUAGAUUAUCGACCCGUUACCGGGAUUCGUGGCCUACACAGUAUUGGAAUCAUGGAAACAGCUGGUAUGCUCAAUCUCUCGCACGGGCUUGUGAAAUGCCGUCACCAGGGGUAUGCCGUUACCGAAGGAUUAAUUCAACUCAGCUUUGGACUGUUGCUGCAAAGACUAACAUCCCAUUGCACACACCGACAUCUGAACGACAACGCGUCCUCCAUUCUCUUUGGCAGUCGAGGUUCAUAUGGUGCAAGACGAGCCCAAGGCUACAUUUACUUUUUGCUCUUCUUCACCUCCGUGCCGUCUCUGGUCCGCGCAUUCCCUUCGAGUCUCCUCAAACUCCGACCUGCGAUUCGUGACAUCAGUCACCUUAGCCCAGCCUGGGCCACUUCGUCGAACGACGUCAUAUGCGAGAUUGGUAAUGUUGUUCGCACCUAUGGAGGUAAAUUCCAAGAGAUACCGAUGGCGGCCUAUACUUUCUACAUCCUUGGUGCCCGGGCGCGCCACUAUUCGAGCUCCGCAUGGCUUGAGGAUCCUCCAGGCGCCGGGUGGUGUACCAAUAGUAUGCACAGUGACUUUCGCAAAGAUGAAGAUGACCUCGUGUACGGCGAAGAAGUCAUACAGCUAUGUUUCCAAUGGGUCAGCGACAUCAACGUGAAGAACAAGAGCUUGAAAGACUUCCUGUCAGAAGAUCCCAAAUAUGUUAAAGAAAAGCUUCUGGCAUCUUUGUAUCUCGUCGAUGACUGGCUCCGACGUCGUAGCAAGAAUGACAUUAUCUGUGCGGCGUUGUUUCUGAUACAGAGCACUACAGUGGAACGGGACCUCUCGUCCUCUCAGGCAUCAUCUGCUACCAUUGGCUCAAAAUCUUCUCAAGACUUGCAGAAUGACGUCGUGGAACGAGGAGAUGUAUCAAGAUUGCGUCCCAUGCAGGUCAUGUUGACAUAUCGGGCAGUCCUACUAGGAGCCCUUCUCGAACUUAGUACGGAUACCAGCUGUAUCGUGGAGGAAAGUUUUCAAGAUACAAUUGUCAAAAUUCUUUAA